GUUAUCAUUACCGUCAAUCAUCAUUACUUUCAUCAUGCAGUUGCGUGACGGCACCGCUCCCUCUUCAAGCCCCAACGGCGACUCCUGGCCUGUGAGCGUCGCCAGCAAUGGGUCGGAAACGCUCGCCAGCCACGUCGAAAGAGCCCUAUCACCUUCUGAUGCAAUCCAGCCUACCCCCUUUCCAACUCUCCUUGACGGGAACGCCCCAGUCCGUCUUGAUACCCGCUGGCCACUCGACAUGGUGUCGGAGGGUUCUUCGGGCGACGACAUCACCGGUGCUCUGCUUCCGGCGCAGCUCCUCUUGGCGUGGGCAUUGGUCGUGAGGGCACAUGCGGCCGCCGACAGCGUCGUCGUGUUUGGUGCCAGUGUACAGGACACAUUUCAGCCUCUGGUAGUCGAGGUGGACAUGCAAAAGCCCAUCGCGAGUCACCUUGACGCCAUCCAUUCACAGCUGGAUGAUUCUGCCACUGCCAACGUGGCGAUCUCUCGCAACGCCCACUCACCCUUUCGCUUUCCAUCCGCCUUGCUGUACAGCCAAGGCAUCUCCCUUGCCGAGCAGCAGAGCCAGUUGGCCGAGGAUGGCGGAGUCCCUCUCGUCAUUCUAUGUUCCAGCCAGGGAGGCCGCUUGACGGCCGAGUUGGCUGCUGACUCGAGCGUCGUCGACCAGAAUCUUUUGCCGUACAUCGUGGCACAGUUUGAGCGCGCUUUCAAGCAACUGCGCUCCUCUACGUCCAAGGGCAAACUUCUAUGUAUCUCGUUGACCGACCUUCGAGAUAUAGACAAGGCACGCAUGCUCGCUGGUCGCGUACCAGCACCCACAUCCAACUGCCUCCACAAACUCAUCGUCGAACGCGCCCGGAGCCAGCCCGAUGCCGAAGCCAGUGUGUCUUGGGAUACAAGCCUGACCUAUGCCGAGUUGGACCGGUACUCAGAUGUGCUGGCAUCCCGCCUUAUCUCCCUUGGCUUGGAAGUCGGCCAGAUCGUGGCCACCUGUUUCGACAAGUCCGGCUGGGUCCCGGUCGUCUACCUGGCCGUGCUUAAGGCGGGCGGUGCCUUUGCUCCGUUGAACUCGGCACUCUCUGCUGAGCAACUUGCACCGAUAGUGGGCAAGUUGAAUCCAUUCGUUAUCCUCGCGUCCCCUCGGCACCAUGAUAAGUGUGCUGGACUCUCGGCACACUUGCUGGACGUACAAACGGUCGACAAUGAUAUGGACAACGCGAGUGAUCUUUCCAAAGUUUUAGUCGCUCCAAAUCACCCGGCAUGCGUCGUGUCGACCUCGGGCAACUCGGGGAUGACCAAGCAGCUCACCUUUGACCACGAGGCCGUUUGCUCGUCCGUUGCGGCUAACCGUGACGCGCACGAUUUCUCUUCUGCCACUCGCACGCUCCAGCUCCACCCCUACGACAAUCAGCUCAGUAUUGCGGAGAUGCUGUUCACCCUCGCUGAAGGAGGUUGUGUCUGCACUCCGUCGGAAGACGAGCGACUCACAGACAUAGCAGCUGCGUGCCGGCGGAUGAAGCCUAACCUGGCUUGCCUCACUCCCUCAGUUGCGGACAUGCUGGAGCCAGACGAACUGGCGGGCAUUGAGACCAUCAUCUUGGCCGGAGAGCCGAUGACAGGCAGCAACGUCAGAAAAUGGGCGUCGAAGGUGAAUCUGGUCAAUGGGUACGGGCUGGCCGAGGCCUUCGGCUUCGUGUGCUCAACAGCCCCUAUAUCCGCUGUUGCGUCUCCUGACAACUGUGGUUGGCCUCGAGGCUGUGCCGUCUGGCUCAUGGACCCCGAUGAUCCCACACGCCUUGCUCCCAUCGGUGCCGCUGGCGAACUCCUCCUCGAGAGUCCGUCCAUCGGACAGGUUUAUAUGGCAGACGACGAGGCCUCGGAUACCACAUUUAUCUGUCGUCCGGCGUGCCUGCCAUCCCCCCCAUUCUCACAAAGUCUCACCACUCAGAAGCGUUGCCUCUUGACUGGCGAUCUCGUCCGGUUUGACCUUGGCGACGGUACUUUGAAAUUUGUCCGCCGCAAGGAUUUUCAGGGCCAAUUGUUGCAGUCGUCGACUGCGGUCGAGGAGCUCAUCAGACAGAGCUCCAGCACUGUUAGGCAGGUGACUGUGGCCGCUCCAGGCCGAGGCGUCUGUGCCGGCCGUCUGGUGGCUCUGAUCAGCGUUGAAGGCGAGAGCAGGACAGGAAAACUGGACCUCCUCAGUUCUGCCAAACAGCAGCCAUUGUGCGGCACUCUGGUUGCAAUUCGCGAUCAUGUCUCUCUGCAACUCCCUCCGCAUCUCGUCCCAUCCGUGUGGUUCGCCGUCACGGAGAUGCCACUGACGCCUCGGGGAAGGCUUGAUAGACCCGCCGUCCUCAUCUGGUUGGAGGCCAUGGACCGUGAUGGCUUUCAGAAGGGUCUUGGUGACGGCCUGGUCUCCGCCUUUGAUAUAGGCAACUCCCUAUCCACCUCGACGCCUCCCACGGAGCACGGGUCCAUCCUGUCUGCCGGCAUUGCUCAGAGUUUCACUCAGACUAGCUUACCUGCCAGCAUUACUAGCGCUAGUCCUGAGGUCGGCGGUGAUCGAUUCUCCCUCCUGAGACUGGCACCGGAGAAGCUCUCUGAGCUAGAGGCUCUCUUGGAUACCCUAUUUCCAAAUACUAGCACCGUGGAGGACUGCUUCCCAUGCUCUUCAACUCAAGAGGGCAUCCUCGUCAGCCAGGUGAAAGCCCCCGGGACCUACAACAUUCUAGUGGUCUGGGACUUGAUGACCCCGGCUGAUGCUUCUGUCUCGGGAGCUGUCACCGUAAAGAGCCUCCAAGACGCGUGGACACACGUUGUGGAGCGCCAUGCGGCCUUGCGGACGACUUUCGUUGAGAGUCUGCGUGAUGGCGGGCUCUUUGACCAGGUUGUCUUGAGCACACCCGCCGUCGAUGUGGUGGAAGUCCCAUGGCUGGAGGAGGCUGGAAGCGAAGAUAACCUGCUUCAACUCACAGCCGGCAGCUGGAAGAUUGGAAAGCCGCAGCACCGUCUGGGACUAUGCAAGGCCGCCGACGGCAGGUUGCGCUGUCAGCUGCUCAUCAGCCACUCCCUCAUAGACGGCCUCUCCGUCCCUAGCCUUCGCCGGGACCUCGAACAGGCGUUGAACGGGACCCUCAGAGACGGCCCCCGGCCAGACUUUCAGUCCCGGUAUAUCAGGCAGCUCCGACGGGCCUCCAAGGAUGAGGGACGCGAGUUCUGGCGCUCUCACCUAGACGGUCUCUCCGGAUGCUUGCUACCGAAGUUGACCGACUGGGCUGAGACCCCGAGUGAAGCCAGAGUGUCGGUGAUGCGCCGUUCAUUGCCCCAGGCCCAGCAUCUUAGACGCUUCUGCCAGGAACACGGCGUCACCUUGUUCAACGUGCUCCAGGCGGCUUGGGCCCUGGUCCUGCGAGCGUAUACAUUGUCUGACGAUGUCUGCUUCGCCUUCAUGGCCACGGACAGACAUCUCCUCGGCGACGAGGCCGAGGACGCCGUCGGGUUCUUUAUCAACCUCAUUCUUUGCCGCAUUGUCUUGCAAGGCUCGACCCCGAUCGUCGACGUCUUGAAGCAGCUGCAGCACGACUUUGUGUCUGGUCUGCCUCACCAGCACGUUUCGUUGGCCGAGAUUGCCCAUGAGCAUAAUAUCCCGGCCAACCAACUCUUCAACACUGCUAUGACUUUCCACGCCGUUGACAAGAGUCAAGAGUCUCGUAGUUCGGACGGGGUCCAGCUUCGCCAGGUUGAUCUUCAGGACGUCGCCGAGUACGAUGCUGUUGUCAAGAUUCAUGAGUCGGAUGACCAUGAUAUAGCUGUCCAGCUCUGCUACCGGAGCACGGCGUUGUCCGACGCCCAGGCAGAGAAUGUCUUUGGCGCCUUUCUCGCCGCAGUCGGCUCCAUCCCUCAGGCGUCCAUGGUGGACGAGGUUGAGCUUCUAGACGAACGCAUGGCACGGCAGAUUCUCCAGUGGAACAAAACGCAGCCCCAAGAGGUCGAUGUCUGCAUCCAUAGACUCAUCGAACAGACGGCCAAGGAGGAUCCAGCUGCUCUCGCCAUCGAGGGCCACGAUGGCAGCUUCACCUACGGUAACAUUGACCGCAUGGCAAGCCAAUUAGCUGCCCAUCUCGUGGGUUUAAACGUCGGCCCCGAAGUGCCCGUCGUAUUCCGCAUCGAUAAGUCUGCCUGGGCAGUUGUCGCUAUACUCGCCAUCCUCAAAGCCGGCGGCAUGUUCGUGCCCAUCGAUCCCGCUUGGCCCAUUGAUCGGGCGCAGUUUGUUGUCGACGACGUAGGAGCCGAGAUCCUUCUCACCUCGGAGUCCACCGCCUCUUUGCCACUAGAACGCCUCGGUCAUUCCUUGGUGCUCUCCUCGCGGCUGAUCGAUGACCUCCCGGUCCCAUCCCCGGCGACCUCCUCCCUGUCCCUAGUCCACUCUCGCAACGCGGCAUAUAUCCUGUACACCUCGGGCAGUACUGGUAAACCAAAGGGCGUCGUUGUAGAGCACCGGGCCGUAAGCAGCAGCUCGAGGGCGCAUGCCCAGGCCAUGGGUAUCGACCGGCAGUCGCGGGUCCUUCAGUUCUCCUCAUACACCUUCGAUGCCUGCAUCUGUGAGAUUCUCACCACUUUGGUCCACGGCGGCUGUAUCUGCAUCCCCUCCGAGCACGACCGGCUCAGCAACCUAACCGGGGUUAUUGCCAAACUGCGCCCAACCUGGACAUUUAUGACGCCCACAACCCUGCGGACUCUCCGUCCUCAGGACUGCCCUAGUUUGAAGACGGUAUCCAUCGGUGGAGAGGCUCUGACACAGGCUGUCAAGGAUACCUGGUCCCCAUAUGUCCGAGUCCUCAACGGCUACGGACCGACUGAGACGUGCGUCUUCGCCGUCACCAUUGACAGCACCGAUCCCGUCGUUCCGCCGGCGGUAAUCGGCCAUCCCAUAGGGUCUCGGGGCUGGAUCGUCCGCCCAGGUAACCCCCAGAACCUGACGCCGGUGGGAGCAGUGGGCGAAUUGCUUAUUGAGGGACCAAUUGUUGCCCGUGAGUACUUCAAGGACCCCGUCCGGACUAACAGUGUCUUCCUAGAUCAAGUGCCGCCUUCCUGGACGGUACAGUCCCCUUGUCGGGUGUAUUGCACUGGCGAUCUAGUGCGGAACAACGCCGACGGAAGCAUCACGUACGUCGGCCGCAAUGAUGGACAGGUCAAAGUCCGCGGCCAACGGACCGAGUUGGGCGAAAUUGAGCAGCACUUGAUUGCCAUUGAGUCGGAUAUCGCGUCCUGCGUCGUCUUGUUGCCGAAGACCGGUCCCUGUGCUGCCCGUUUGGUGGCUGCCAUCUCGUUCAACACGACUUAUCCCUCUCUCGACCCAGUGGCCACGGAUGGCAUCCGACUGCUCGAUCCCAACCGCAUUUCCGAGGUCCUGGCGAGCUUACGGGAGAGGCUGGCCCAAAGACUUCCCGUGUACAUGGUACCACAUAUCUGGUUGCCAGUCGUAGCUCUCCCAUCGACAACUGCCUGCAAGAUUGACCGGCAUCGCGUUGCCCGCUGGGUCGAGCAACUUAGUCCAGACGUGCUGGGUAAAGCCCUUAGUCUUUCGCCCGCGCAGUCUUAUUUUCCAACGGCCACUGGCCUCAUCCAGACUAUCAUCGCGGGAGCCUGGGGCCGCACGCUCGAUCUCACCGUCGACCAAGUCCCAACUGAUCGGUCCUUCUUCAGCCUCGGCGGUGACUCGAUUCUCGCCAUGAUGGUCAUCAAUCAGUGCCGAGCCCGCAACGUCAAAAUAUCUGCCAGCGAUAUCCUCCGUGGCCAUACCGUUGCUGACCUCGCCGCCCGCGCGUCCCAGCCAGAUGAGGUUCUGCAGCAGCCAGUCUCGAGAUAUGACCUGACACCCUCCCAAAGCUUGGCCCUUGGAGUCGGUCUUGAGCUGCCCUCCACUCCGGCCCGCGAAUCUCGAACCGUCCGGUUCCACCUGGUUCGUUCCGUAGCUCAGGAAACCCUUGAAGACGCCGUCCGGAAUCUCGUCGGCCUUCACCCGGCACUCCGCACCAAGCUUGUCAACGAGGGCACAGCGUGGCAUCAAUCUCCGACGAUUGAUCCUGCCAAAGCCUUCCUACUGACCGUCCAUGGAGAGAGCGCCGGUACCAGCCGCCAAGUCCCCUCACUGCUGGAAAAGUCGCGGGCUCAGCUCGACCUUGCCGCCGGGCCUUUUCUGACAGUCGACUAUUUCCCAGACACCAACAUGCUUGUCCUGGCCGCCGCACACAUCACGCUGGAUCUACCGUCUUGGUCGGUCAUGUUGAGAGAUCUUGAUGGCUUCCUUUCCGGCUCGCCCGCUGUUCCCCUUGCCCCCUUCACCUCUGGCCGCGUUACACAGAGCCCCCUCCCUGUCGAGGACGCCAUUGGAGAACAAGCGCAAGAGUCUAAUAUUGGAUACUGGGAGCUCGAGCCGGAGGAUACUUAUCUGCCUCGGAAGAUGAAGUACGAGUUGCGUGUGGAGGCUGAGACUUCCGAGAUGCUUCUCCAGAUAUGCCGGAACACCGACCUGAAUCCCGUGGACCUUGUGGUGGCGGCGGCAGCACAAUCAUUCUCUGAUGUCUUUCUCGAUCGCAGAGUUCCCGCCAUUCACCUCGUGGAUACGACGUACGAGCAUACCGAGAUCGGCUAUCAUGACGCGGUCUAUCCCGUCCAAGUUACUUGCAGUUCGCCAUCCACUGGAGACCCGGACCUGGUAGCACAAGCUAGGAUCUCCCGCGUCGGCGUUGCCUCCAAGGGGCUACCCUACAUGACUCGAUCUUACUGCCCUGAAGUGCUUGCCAGUCGAAUACCCGAGAUCAUCGUCAACUAUUCAGACUACCGGGAGUCCAAGUUCCAGGGCAAGACCAUGCAGCAAAUGGAUGACGUGGUACCUACCGCUAAACCAUCAGCCUCUGCUUCCCUGGUCCCGUCCUGCAUCAGCAUCACAGCGAGCACCCAAGAAGACGACUCCCUGAGUGUCGUCGUGGCCCAUAGCUGGGACCUGGGCAAGCAGAAAAAAGUCCGGAAAUGGGUUCGGCACCUCGAGACAGCUCUCGGGGACUUUAUUCGUUCCACAGCCCGAGCCAACGCCCCCAUUUCUCCUACUGAUUUCCCCUUUGUCCGCGUGGCCGAUGAAAACGCGUGGGAGCGACUGCGCGAAACCAUUGCGGCCACAAUUGGGUCCUGUUCGGCUCAGACAGUCGAGGAUUUAUAUCCCUGCUCGCCGGUACAGGAGGGCAUUCUCCUGAGCCAGGCCAAGAGCAUGUCCUCCUACCAAGUCGAUGUUGUAUGGAAGAUCCACGCUGCAUCCUCCUCCUCGCCAGUGUCCUCGGACAAGAUUGAGAAGGCCUGGCAAGCCGUGAUUCAACAGCACGCUGCUUUGAGGACCGUCUUUGUCGACGGAGGAGCCGCCAACGAGGCCUUCCUCGCUUUGGUCUUGCGUAGCCCGCUGGCAUUUGUCCAACAGCGACGGCUCAUGAGUGGGCAAGGCGUUGAGGCCCUCUUGGCGUCCGAACCGCCCCUCGCCGUGGCCGAUCAUGAGCCUCCUCACCGGUUGACCGUUGCAGCGACGUCUGAGCAGGACGAAGUCUUGGUCCACCUACGAAUCAGCCACGCCGUCCUCGACGGCAUCUCGCUCGACGCGUUGCAGCAGGAUCUGGCGCGUGCCUACGCCGCCGAAGAUGCCUCAAGCCCAGCCGUGGAUCAUCGCCAGCAGGUGUCGGACACGACCUUCAGAGACUAUGUCACCUUCAUCCGGAGCCAAGAUACCGACGUCUCCCUGGACUUUUGGAAGAGUCGCCUGGCCACCGUUACGCCCUGCCACUUCCCAUGCCUGCAGGUACCGGACACGGACAUUGUCGAUGAAAAGCGCGUGUUGCGGGUUGAAAUCGACGACAUCUCGCCACUCACCCAGCUGUGCCAGGAGCACGGCUUCACAAUCUCGAACCUGGUCCAGAUUGCCUGGGCCUUGCUGCUCCGCUCGUACACGAAUAGCCCACAGGUAUGCUUCGGCUACAUGACCUCGGGCCGCGAUGCUCCUGUCCAGGGCAUCGAGAGCGCCAUGGGUGUCUUCAUCAACCUGCUCGUGAGCAACGUUGAGCUGGACGACGACACUACGGUCCGACAGGCUCUCGAGGACGCGCGCGGUGCCCUUGCCGACGGUCUUGAACACCAAUACUGCCCGCUGGUCAAGAUACAGAGCGCGCUACAGCUCGGUAGCGAACCUCUUUUCAACACGGUUCUUUCCUGCUACCGCGAGAAUGAGGUCUCCUCACCCUCGUCCGCGGCGGACGUGGUUGUUGAUACUGUGUACCUGGAUGACACGAGCGAGUUCAGUCUUGCAGCCAAGGCUACCUAUACUCGGUCAAAGAUUGAACUGACUUUGACUUACUGGACGGGGACUCUGUCCCCUACUGCGGCUGAUGUUGUAGGCAGCGUCUGGGCCCAGACGUUGAAGUCCUUGCCUUCGCUACUCGACGAGAAAGUGUCCAACGUUAGCUUGUUCGACAAACAGAGCAGCCGCCUUGUUCAAGACUGGAACAACCACGUGCCCGAUGCUGUCGACGCCUGCCUCCACGAUAUCAUUGCGCGCGUUGCUGUUCUUGAGCCUGAGAAGGAGGCCCUUUGCUCCACGGACGGGAGCCUUACGUACGGCCAGCUGGACGAUUAUUCGACCCGGCUGGGACACUACCUUGUUUCCUGCGGUGUUGGUCCCGAGUCUGUCGUGGCUUUGCUGUUUGAGAAGUCCAUCUGGGCUGUGGUUAGUAUGCUGGGCGUUCUCAAAGCGGGCGGCGCCUUUGUCGCCUUGGAUCCGGCUCAUCCACCUGACCGCUUGGCAUUGAUAAUUUUAGAUAUCGAUAGCCCUAUCCUCUUAGUCUCGGACUCGCAAGCUGCCCAACCUCUGGUCACGGAGCACUUGGCCUCCGCCGCCGUGCAGCCGUGGACCGUCACACCGGCGUCCAUCCAAGCGUUGCCGAUACGGGACGGCAAGCCAUGCAGUACUGUCACUCCCGACAACGCCGCCUAUCUCAUCUUCACCUCGGGCAGCACGGGCAGACCUAAAGGCGUUGUUAUCGAGCAUCGGGCCGUGAGCACCGGUACCAAGGAACAUGGCUCGCAGAUGGCAUAUACCCCUGCCUCACGGGUUCUGCAAUUCGCGUCCUAUGCCUUCGACGCCACCAUCGGAGAGGUCUUUACCACUCUUGUCCACCACGGCUGCGUCUGUAUUGCCUCCGAGACGGAGCGGAUCGAGGAUCUGCCUGGCUUCAUGAACCGUUUCCGCGUCACCUGGGCCUUCCUGACUCCCGCCGUCGCCCGGAUGAUGACCCCUGACGACGUGCCAACCCUGAAGACGCUCAUCUGCGGCGGCGAGCCCAUAGGCAACCUGACGCCGCGUAUCUGGAGCAGCAAGGUCCAGUUCAUACAGGCCUAUGGUCCCACUGAGACUUGUGUUUUUGCGUCCAUCAGCGAUCGUCAACACCGCGAGGUGCGUCCCGCCAUCAUCGGCCAUAUGAUGGGCAGCGCCGCGUGGAUCGUCAAUCCCAGCAAUGCCGACAUUCUCAUGCCCGUGGGAGCCGUCGGCGAGAUGCUGAUUGAAGGUCCCAUACUCGGACGCGGCUACCGCAACGACGUGGAGAAGACGGACGCCAGCUUCCUCCAGAGUCCACGGUGGUCUGAUGAUUAUCUCCACCAAGGGCGUCCGCAACGUUUCUACAAGACGGGCGAUUUGGUGCGCUACAACGUCGACGGCUCCAUGGAAUUUAUCCGCCGUAAGGACACACAAAUGAAGAUUCGCGGUCAGCGCGUCGAGGCAGGCGAGAUUGAAAGCCACAUCACCAGCGCCCACGAAAAUGUGCAGCAUGUCUACGUGACCUUUACGAAGCAGGGCCGCCUGAGCUCGCGCCUGAUUUCCGUGCUCUCCUUCCGGGGCAUUGGCUCUGCUCCUGUCUCCGGCUCCUCUCCCGCAGAGGGCUACACUCUCCGCCUCGUCCGUAAUGAGGACCGCGAGAAGGCCAGGAAACUGCUGCGUGCGAUAACAGAACACCUAUCAGCCAAAUUACCCCGGCAUAUGGUGCCCACCGUCUGGGCCGUGGUAGAGGGAUCUUCGGUUCCCCUGACCACGUCCGGCAAAAUCGAUCGUCGUCAGAUGACCGCCUGGCUUGAAGGGGCCGACGAGGAUACUGUGCAAGAGAUCCUGGCCCUCGACGAGGACGAGGUGGUUCCAGAUGAAGCCGUGUCCGCGGUGGAAGCGGCGGUGCGUUCCAUUUGGGCCUUGGUGCUGAAUCUCGAGCCGGAAAAGAUCGGGCUGCACCGACCAUUCUUCAGCCUGGGAGGCGACUCGAUCUCCGCCAUGCAGGUUGUCUCACACUGCCGGGCUCAGAGCAUCGACCUUACCGUCCAGGACAUCUUCCGCUGCAAGACCAUUACGGCUCUUGCCGAGCUCGUCAACGCCGCCGCCGGUUCUAGUACGGCGUCCAAGGCGCAACAGCUCGACCUUACAGAGCGGCCGGAGGACUUCGCCCUGUCCCCGAUUCAGCGGAUGCACUUCAACAUGAACCCGGAGGGCGUCAACUACUUCAACCAGAGCUUCCUGGUGCAGAUCACCUCUGCCAGGCAGCUUCCUUCCAUGGCCGUCCAAGCAGCACUUCACCAGCUUGUCCGCCGGCACUCGAUGCUUCGGGCCAGGUUCCGCCGGGUCGCUGGCCACUGGACGCAGCGCAUCACAGAUGACGUGCCUGGUUCUCUGACGUACCAGGAGCACUCGCAUGUUGCCCCUGAAGAGGUCGACGCCUUGACUCAGGACGCCCAGGAAUCCCUGGACAUCCAGAACGGCCCGAUCUUGGCCGUCAAGCUUAUCCAGUUGCCCGAUCGCCAGCUCUUGUUCAUGGUGGCGCAUCACUUGGUUGUCGACCUUGUCUCGUGGCGGGUGCUUCUUGAAGAGCUCGAAGCUAUCUUGACGAGUACAUUCCAUUCUCAUCGCAUGGCGGCCGUGACGCCCGUCCCCUUCCAGGCCUGGAUCCGUCUGCAGUCUGCCCGCGUCCAACAACAGUCCCCAGCUGAAGUGCUCCCGUAUGAGAUCCCGGCGCCUCAGCUAGACUACUGGGGAUUCGGCGCGGAGAGGGCCAAUCUGUUCGGGUCGACACGGGACCUGACCUUUGGGCUGGACGAAGCUACAACAAGAGCGCUUCUUGGCCCCUGCAACGAGGCGCUCCAGACGGACCCUCAGGAUUUGUUCCUCGCAGCGGCGUUCCAGUCUUUCCAUGAAGUCUUCCCCGACCGGCCCCAACCGGCCAUCUUCACAGAGGGUCACGGCCGUGAAGCCGACGCCGCCGACCACAUCGACCUGUCCCGCACCGUGGCGUGGUUUACCUCCAUCGUCCCCGUUGUCCUCGUCGACGGAGUCCAGCCGGACCUCAUCGAGACGUUGAAAAGGACCAAGGACGCCCGGAGAGCCGUGCCCGGCAUGGGUGUGCCUUACUUUUACUCCCGCUACCUGUCCGAUGACGGGGCCGAGAAGUUUGGCCACCAUGCCCAAAUGGAGAUCCUAUUCAACUACUUUGGCCAGUACCAGCAGCUGGAGCGCGAGGGUGCCCUUCUCCAGCCCGUUCCCGAGGGCCAGUUCGCACAGCGGGACAUCGAUCCGUCGGCUCCGCGGCUUGCUGUCUUCGAUAUUGCUGUGGCCGUAGCGGAAGGACAGGCCACCAUCUCCCUGACAAUUCCACAGAGCCUGAGCGCCGCCCUCGCGCACCGUGUUUCGGCCUGGAGGGAGCGAUUCCAGCAGCUCCUGGUGACUUUGGUCAACAAGACCGGCCGUAUGGCCUCGGACUUCUCCUUGAGCGACAUGCCCCUGAUUAAGGAUAUCUCUUACGCCCACCUGGUCGAGAUGGAGUCGCUCUGCCGGGAACACGCUGGGACGUGGGGACCCAAGACCAUCGAGGAGAUCCUACCCUGUUCCCCCAUGCAGCAGGGCAUUCUGCUGAGCCAAUCGCGCACCCCCGAGCUCUAUGACGUUCGCAUCGCUCUCGAAAUAACCACCUCUGCAGGGGAUUUCCCCAAGGUCCACCGCCUGAGGGACGCCUGGAAGCAGGUUGUCCGGCGUCAGCCCAUGCUGCGCACCGUGUUCCUCCCGAACCUUCGAGGUAGUGGUUCGUUCGACCAAGCUGUCCUGCGAGACCCCCUGCUCGUCAUCCGCGAAGUACAAUUGGAAGACUUCCCGGCCUCAUCCGACGAAGACCUGAUAGAGAGGAUCCGGCACGAAAUGGCCGCAGUGCCGGCUAAUAGCUUUGAAUACGGUAAACUCGCACACGAACUCGUCAUUUACACGGCGGGCGAGCGGAUCUUUGUCCUUAUCCGUCUCAGCCACGCCCUGGUGGACGGAGCCUCCCUGCCUCUUGUGACGCUGGAACUUCGCAAGGCUUAUCCUCGGCGCCUUGCGGCCGGCCCGGGUCGCGCGUACCGGGAGCUGGUUGCUUUUCUCCAGCGGCAGCCCCGGGACGAGACUCUCCAGUACUGGAGGGAGUACCUCCUCAACAUCAGCCCCUGCCGCCUGCCUCCCCUCACCGAUCGUGUUGUGUCGUCUCCGGACAGCCUGCAGACACAGGAAGUGGUCGUCCCCAAUGCGGAGUCUCUGAGGCGCCUCUGCUCUGAGCAUGGCUUCACCAUGGCUAACCUGAUGCACGCGGCUUGGGCCCUUGUACUGCGCGCGUACACAGGCGAGGACGAAGUGUGCUUUGGAUACCUUGUGUCAGGCCGCGACGCCCCCAUCGAUGGUGUUGAUGAACUCAUCGGGCCCCUGAUCAACAUGCUCAUCUGCCGUGUGGCCUUUGACGACCCCGGCCGUUCCGUCUUGCAGCUCCUGCACGGAAUGCGGGACGAUUUUGUCUCAGGCCUUUCCCACCAGUAUGUCUCUCUCGCCGAGGUCCAGCACGGCCUAAACCUGGGAUCGGAGAACCUUUUCUCCUCCGUCAUGUCAUUCCAACGACACGACCCCGUGGCCGACGGUCCCGGCCCCACUGACGGCCACGGCCCCACAGACGGAGCCGGAAGCAUCCGGAUGACGUCCAUCGACGCCCGGGACCCGACCGAGUACGACUUAUCACUAAACAUAGUAGACACCGAGCAAGAGCUGUCUGUUGCAUUUGCGCACUGGUCCUCCAAGGUCUCUACAGCCCAUGCGGCGCACAUGAUGCGCGCCCUACUCGCCGCGCUCGCCGGCUUCGCUCAGGAUCCCAAUCAGCCGGCGACCCGUGUAAGCUUAGUCGACCCCCAGGCGCGUCGCGAACUGAACGCCUGGAAUGCUGCUGGUAUCUCAGCUCCGCGGCGUGCGUGUCUGCAUGGCUUGAUAGAGCAGCGAGCGCAGGAGAUGCCCGACCACCCGGCCGUCUCGGCGUGGGACCUCGAUUUCACCUACGCCGAGCUGGAUGGGGCCGCAAAUGCGUUCGCCCACCACAUACAAUCUCUAGGCGUCAUCAAACCUGAGACAUUUGUUUUAACCUGCUUCGACAAGUCGGCCUGGGCCGUCGUUGCGCAGCUCGCCGUAUUAAAGAGCGGCGGUGCCUUUGCGGCCGUCGAUCCCAACCACCCCAUCGACCGCAUCAGGUCCAUUGCGUCCAAGCUGGGCUCGCCGCCGGUCAUGCUCACCAGCACCAACUACAAAGAGCGUUUCCUCGGGCUGUUCCCACACGUCGUUCUUGUCGACGCAUUGCACCUGGAAUCCCUCGGCCCGCGGCCAGUCGCUCCAGAGACCCGGGUGACCCCCGAGAACGCGGCCUACGCCAUCUUCACUUCGGGCAGCACGGGCGAGCCAAAGGGCAUCUUGAUCGAGCACCAGGCUAUUGCCACAGCCACCACGGUUCACGCCGACCGCUUCCGUCUCGGCCGUGGCAGCCGCGUGCUCCAAUUCGCCGCCUACACCUUUGACGUGGCCGUCGGCGAGAUCUUCCACACUCUGGUCAAUGGCGGCUGCAUUUGCGUACCGUCAGAACGGCAGAGACUAGAGGACCUACCCGGCGCCAUCAAUGACUUCGGCGCCAACUGGAUGUUCCUGACCCCGACCUUGGCGGACAUGCUGGAGCCCACGGCCGUCCCGAGUCUACAGGUGCUUGUGCUUGGCGGAGAGGCCGCCACGGCCGACAACGUGCGCCGCUGGUCCGAGAAGCUGCAGCUCAUUAUCAGCUACGGACCGGCCGAGUGCACCAUCUGGUCCAACGCCAAUGCGAGUGUCACGCCGACCACCGACCCGGCCAACUUCGGUCCGGCCUUUGGCGCCGGCAUCUGGGUGGCCGACAUGGACAACCCGGACGUGCUGCUGCCCGUGGGCGCCGUGGGCGAGCUGCUCAUCGAGGGACCGUUGGUCGGCCGGGGAUACAUCUCCGACGCCAAAAACACAGCGGCUUCGUUCAUCAAGCCCCCGGGCUGGCUUCAGACGGGCUCCGGAGGCCAGCGCGUAUACCGUUCCGGCGACAUUGUGCGGUAUAACCCCGAUGGCACUUUGUCCUUUGUGCGCCGUCGGGACAACCAGGUCAAGGUCCGCGGGCAACGUAUCGAGCUCAACGAGGUCGAAAUCCACGUGUCCCAGGCCGACGCGGACCUGCUGCACGCCGUUGUGCUUCUUCCCAAGGCUGGAGCCUGCCAGGGACGUUUGACAGCGGUGCUCUCUCAUCGUCCAGAGGACGGACAUGACCCCGAGGUGACGGCCCAGAGCCCGCUUGCCGCCAUCACCAAUAGCGAAGCCGCCAUGGCCCAGAACGCCGACAUCCGCGCCUAUCUGACGUCCAGACUGCCGGGUUACAUGGUCCCCAAGAUCUGGAUCGCCGUCGAGCACAUCCCCGUCACGACCAAUGGAAAGAUUGAUCGCCGCCAGGUGCUCUCGUGGGUGCAGUCGCUGACCGAAAAUGACCUGGCCAGCAUCGUGGGCCAGGCUUCGGGGGCAUCUGCAUCCAAGCCCUCUCCGACGUCCACGCUGACUCCGAUGGAGAAGCAGCUCGUCGGCGUCUGGAGCCAGGUCCUCGCCAUACCUGUCCCGUCGCUCCCCUUGGACCAGUCCUUUACCAGCCUAGGCGGCGACUCCAUCUCGGCCAUGCAAGUCGUAUCGCGGGCUAGAGAAUCCGGGGUUGUCGUGACGGUCCACGAUGUGCUCCGAUGCCAUUCUCUCUCGGGACUGGCCCUUGGGGCUCGGUUCAAGACUCUCGCUCCUCAGGACAAGGGGCGCGACUCCCUGGCCAUGGUUGGUGAAGAGCCGUUCCCUCUGCUGCCCAUCCAGCGCAUGUUUUUCGAGAACAUGCCCUCUGGCCCGAGCCACUACAACCAGACAUUUACUGUCCGCUUGUCAAAGCGCUUCGAGGCCCAGGAUAUCGACGAGGCCAUCGCGGCCGUGGUACAGCAGCACCCGAUGCUCCGAGCCCGCUUCCGCCUCCAACCGGACGGCGACAGCAACUGCCCAUGGACACAGCAAAUCUCUCGCGAUGUCAGAGGCAGCUUUCGCUUUCAGUCACACUCCUUCUCCUACCUGGUGGAUGCGCUGGCCGUGAUGAACGAGUCACAGGCUAGCUUGGACAUUCGUCAGGGGCCCCUCGUUACUGCCACCCUCCUCGACCUGCCCGAUGGCCAGGUCCUCUUCCUUGCGGCCCAUCACCUGGUCAUCGACCUUGUCUCUUGGCGUAUUAUCCUCGCCGACCUGGAGCUUCUUUUGUCGCUCGGCCCCGCCUCCUACGCGUCCGCCUUGGCCCCCGAAGCCGUGUCGGUGCCGGCCUGGAGCGAGGCGCUUGUCCAGCAGUCGGCCGAGUAUGGCGUCGACUCCGUCCUCCCCUUUGCCCUGCCACCGGCCGACUUUGCGUACUGGGGUAUACACGGGCGCGAGAAUGUUAUAGCGGACACGGUCACGAUACAGGCGCGUCUGGAUCCUUCGAGCACCAAGGCUCUCUUGGGUCCCGCAAACGCGAGCUUUGGAACGGACCCGGUCGACUUGAUGGUCGCAGCCCUCGCAUUCUCCUUCCGUCAGGUCUUUUCAGACCGCUCCGUCCCUUCCAUCUACACCGAGUCGCAUGGCCGAAACGCGUGGGACGACAGCAUUGACUUGUCCCGCACGGUGGGUUGGUUCACCACCAUGUCUCCUCUCGUCGUCCCUCACAGCGAUGCCGUCGCGGCGCCCGAUCUCCUGCAGGUGGUGCGUCAAGUUAAGGACAUGAGACGUAGUAUCCCCGGCAAGGGCCUCCCAUACUUCGCCUCGCGAUAUCUCACCGAGGAGGGCCACGUCGCUUUCCAGGAGCAUGCAGCUAUGGAGAUUCUCUUCAACUACCUGGGCCAAUAUCAGCAACUGCAGCAAUCUGACAAGAUCAUCCAGGAGCUGACAGACGCCCCCUUCGAUACCGGGGACGCUCCGUUGCCCACCCCACGACUGGCCCUCCUCGACGUUGUAGCCGUCGUCGAGUCGUCAGAACUGGUCUUGUCCUUCGGCUACAAUGGCAAGAUGCGGUAUCGUGACCGCUUCCAAACCUGGCUGGACGAGUUCCUGAGCGCUCUGCAGCGUCUUUCGGUCGAGCUCCCGUCCAUGCCCGCCACCUUCACACCUGGGGACUUCCCCCUUCUCGGCCUCGACGAAGAACGCCUGCUUUCCUUUGCCGAUGCCGUCGAGGCCAAGGUGGGAGUAUGGGGCCCUGCCGUCGUCGAGUCGGCCUACCCAUGCUCCCCGUUGCAGCAGGGCAUCCUCGUCAGUCAAUCCAAGGACCCCAGCGCCUACGUGGUCCAGGGAGUGUGGAAGAUCUGCCCCGCGGAGGACCAUCCCUUCCGCGUCGAGCAGCUUGAGGAGGCCUGGCAUCGGCUUGUCCGCUACCAUCCCAUACUACGCACCAUCUUCUGCGAAAGCAGUCGGGCCGACGGAAUUCUCGCCCAAGUGGUGUUGCGGGAUGAUGCCGCUGCCGCCGCUCCCAUGAUUCAGAAGUUGUUGGGCCAUGAAGGUUCGGAUGCCAUCCAGUUGUUGCGAUCCUCGCCUCCGCCUCUCCCGCUGGACAGGGCCCCCGUGAUGUUAAACAUCUACCCGGCGGCCCCCGGGGCCGACGCCUACAUCUCUCUGCAGGUCAGUCAUGCCCUUAUUGAUGGCACCUCCCUGGGCGUCCUGAUGGGCGAUCUCCAGAAGGCAUACCAUGGCGAGCUUCAUGGCUCUGGCCCAGUCUAUAGCGACUACAUCUCCCAUGUCUACCGCAAACCCCUGGCGCAGUCACUCGCGUACUGGUCGGAAGUCCUCGCGGACACUCGCCCGUGUCUCUUCCCUGAUCUAUCUACCACUCCAGGCGUCCGGGACCUGAACAAGAUCACCCGUGUCGUGCCCAAUGUUGACGGCAUGCGUCUGCUCUGCCGGACACACGGCGUGUCCAUUUCCAAUCUCUUCCAGCUCGCCUGGGCGCUGGUCUUGCGAGCCUUCACCGGCUCCGACGACAUCUGCUUUGGAUACCUGACCUCUGGCCGCGACGUGCCCGUGGAUCGCAUCGAAGAGGUCGUCGGUCCUCUCGUCAGCAUGCUCAUCUGCCAUACCAACUUCGGCGCCGGGGACGAUGCUCAACCGGCCCUCAGCUUGCUGCAAGAUAUAAGACGCGGCUACGUCGACAGCUUGCCCCAUCAGCACUGCUCGCUGGCGGACAUCCAGCACGCAUUAGGAGUCGGUAACACGGGCUUGUUCAACACAGUCAUGUCUCUGCAGAAGGUAGCCGACGAAGAGAAGACGCCAGAGCAGCUUCGGUUUGAGACGGUCGAGGGCCACGACCCAAGUGAGUACAACAUCACACUCAACGUGCUCGACGGCGAUAAGGACAUUGAACUGCACUUCACUUACUGGACCGACAGCCUUUCGGACAGUUACGCCGUAGACGUGGUCGAGGCAACUCUCCGCGCGCUGGAUGCCAUCGUUCAAGACCCCGGGCGUCCAUUACCCGUCGUGGGCCUUCUGAGCGACGACAGCCGCGAGCGCAUUCUGCACUGGAACAGUAGCCCACAGGUGCCCCUCGAGUCGACGGUACACGCGCUCAUUGAAGCCCAUGUCAAGGAGGUUCCGGAUGCCUGCGCCGUCACCUCCUGGGAGGGCGAGCUAUCAUACGCCGAGCUGGACCGUCUUAGCACUCGUCUCGCAUGCCACCUCCGCUCCCUCGGCGUCGGACCCGAAGUGACGGUACCCCUAUGCUUCCGGAAGAGUCUGUGGACUGUGGUUGCCAUGGUGGCUGUGAUGAAAGCGGGUGGCGUCUUUGUGCCCUUGGACCCGUCUCACCCUCCCGAGCGUAUCAGCAUGAUCGUCGAGCAACUCCCGGCGAGGCUUGUCGCCCUCACCUCGCCAGACGUCACCCAUAUUGUUUCCCAUCUCGUCGACACCACCUUCGUCGUGACGGCAGAUUCUCUCGAGCAGCUUCCAGGACAAGACAGCUCCUUGGUUCCAUCACCUGUCGCCACGCCGGACAACGGGGUUUACAUCAUCUUCACCUCUGGCUCGACCGGCCUGCCCAAGGGUGUAGUGCUUGAUCACCGUGCCGCGGCCACUGGCACAACGCUCCACGGGCGUGCAAUGUCGUUUGGUAGGGACACACGCACCCUGCAGUUUUCCUCGUAUAGUUUUGAUGCCUGCAUCAUGGAGAUCAUCACCACCCUGGUACAUGGCGGAUGCGUGUGCGUGCUGUCCGAGGACGAGCGUAUCAACGAGCUCGCAGCCGCCGCCAAUCGACUCCGCGUCAACUGGGCGUUCCUUACCCCGGCCGUGGCCAGUACCAUUGAUCCCUCCGAGAUCCCUACCCUUGGCCUCAUCGCCAUCGGCGGCGAACUCCUGGCUCACUCUGUCAUCAAGAAGUGGGACUGCGGUACGUGCCGCGUAGUCCAGGUCUACGGACCGACAGAGUGCUGCGCCAUAUGUACCUACGACGACAGAACGGGGCUGCCUGUACGUCCCGAAGUCAUCGGAAAGCCCAUGGGCUGCAAUACCUGGAUCGUGGACCCUCGUGAUCCCAACGUCCUCAUGCCGGUGGGUGCCGUCGGCGAACUGCUCGUCCACGGCCCCAUCGAGGCCCGCGGAUAUCUCAAUGACGCUGACAAGACCCGGAGCGCCUUCUUGACGGGCCUUGCCUGGUUGCCCGAUGAAAUCAAGAACGACCGCCUGUACCGAACGGGAGAUCUAGUCCGCUAUAACACCGAUAACACACUCAGCUUCGUCCGGCGCAAGGAUACCCAGGUCAAAGUACGCGGCCAGCGCAUCGAGCUCGGCGAGAUCAGCUACCAGAUCGGCGCCUCGCACGAGGCCAUCGCAACACGCCUAGUGAUGCUCGGCUCCGCUGGCAAGUUCGCCGGCAAGAUCGUUGCCGUCCUGGCCUUCCGUGACCUGGGCAGCGAUCAACAAGACGGGCCGCUGCAGGUGCUCGAGAAACAGGAGGACCAGAUCCAGGCCCAGGCCAGACUAGUCGAGAUCCAGAACUUCAUCGCCGACAAACUCCCCUCGUACAUGCACCCGGCCGCCAUGAUUGCCGUGAACGCCUUACACACCACCGUGGCGGGCAAAACUGACGCCCGCCGUGUGGCCGCCUGGGUCGACAACAUGGACGACCAGACGUACAGCCGCAUCAUGAGCCUCGCCGAGACGGACGAGGUUCCUACGCCUGUCGGAGAGAUCGAGCGGAUCAUCCACGCAGCUAUCGGCGAGGUGGUGAACUUGUCUCUCCAGCAAGUCGACAUGCGCCGUUCCUUCAUCAGCUUGGGAGGGGAUUCCAUCACCGCCAUGCAGGUGAUGGCGCUCUGCCGCUUGAAGGGCAUCUCAUUGCCGGUGCAGGAUAUUCUCAAAAGCGCCAACAUCACUGCAAUGGCGGCCAAGGCCAAGAGACUCGGCCCCGGGGCCUCCGCCGGCGUCGAGAAGGACAGCGAGGAACACGAGCACGCCCCCUUCUCCCUGUCUCCCAUCCAGAAGUUACACUUUGCCCAGUUCCCCGAGGGGGAGAACCACUACAACCAGAGCAUGCUUCUCAAGCUGCAGCGUCCCGUCUCUGCCGUCGUAAUAUACAAGGCCCUCAGGGAACUGGUGCGGCGUCAUCCGAUGCUGCGCGCCCGGUUCGAAAAGAACUCUCGGGAUGGCCAGUGGGUGCAGAAGGUGAACCUGGAUGCCGAUGAAUCCUUCUCGUUUGUCAGUAACACUCUGGCUUCCUGGGACGAGGCUCAAGCCCUCCUGUCCGAGGCUGAAGAAUCCCUCGACAUCACUGACGGACCAUUGCUCGCCGCCAGGUUCGUUCACGUCCCUGAAUUCUCAGCCCUCUUCAUGGUCGCCCAUCAUGUUGUCAUCGACCUCGUAUCAUGGCGGAUACUCCUCAGAGAGCUCGAGCAGCUCGUCGAUGGUAUAUCACUUCCCAAAGCACCAUCAUCCUGGUCGUACCAGCGAUGGGUCCGCAGCCUCGAAAGCUACUCAGAGGCGCAUGCGUCGUCUGCCCUGGCGCUGGCUUUCACUGUCCCCGAGGCGAACUUGGGAUACUGGGGAAUGGACACGGCGACCAACGACUUCACCAACUUGGUCCACAGCCAAUUUACGCUCAGCCCAGAGUUGACUGACGUUCUCCUUCGGGCAGCCGACAAGGCUCUGAAAGCCGAAGUCCUUGACGUCCUGUUGGCCAUGGCCGCACACACCUUUGGGAUCGUGUUCCCGGACCGGGCGAUGCCCGCUAUCCACACCGAGACGCACGGCAGAGAUCAUCCCUCAGGGGCAGAUGUCGCGGCUCUGGUCCAAGAGACAGUCGGUUGGUUCACCGCCAUUGCGCCUCUCGUCAUCACCACUCACGGAGAAGACUACGUCGACUCUCUGAUACUCGCCAAGGACAUCCGCCGCGCCGUGCCGGGUUCGGGUGUGCCCUACUUCACGGCCAAGAUGCUCCAGCAGUCGCAAGAAACGCCGCUGGAAAUCCUCUUCAACUAUCUCGGCAGGUUUCAGCAGCUUGAGCGCACCGACGGCCUCUUUAAAUCACUACCCAAGUCCAUGAGCCCCGUGGACGUCAACUUCUCCGCGGCCCGCCUCUCGCUGAUUGACCUCUCGGCCGUCAUCGAGCGGGACGCCUUGACCGUGUCCUGGAGCUACGACGGGAAGAUGAAGCACCAGGAUAGGCUCGUGAAGUGGCUGGCCUUGUACGAGCAGGCGUUGACCGAGGCCUCAUCCGCACUGCACAAGGCUACUGUGCAACUUACCCGGAGCGAUGUGCCCCUAUUGCCGGUUUCUCACGAGCAAUUAGGCCUGCUAAACGAGACGCUGGCUGCCAUGACGCCCAAUGGCAUCGCGGGCAUUGAGGACGUCUAUCCGACUUCGCCCAUGCAGCGCGGCAUCCUCUUGAGUCAGUCAAAGGACGCCUCCCAAUACGAUGUCCAUGCCGUCUGGGAAAUCUACCCUUCCGAAGCCCGAGGCCAACCGAUUGAUGUGUCCCGCCUCCAACAGGCCUGGGAUCGCGUCGUCCAGCGGCACCCGAUGCUGCGGACCAUCUUCGUCAGUGGCCUCCGCGAGGACAGCCCGUUCGAUCAGGUAGUCCUCAAAGAGUUCCAUCCGCUCAUCACGUACUUUACCUACAACGACGACAAGGACGAGGACAACGCUAUCGCCCUGCACCGGCUUUGGGAGGCUGCUCGAGGCGGAUUCGAUGCCAACGCCCCGCCCCAUCGUCUUGCCAUAUGCUCCAGCCCCGGGGGCAAGGUAUUUGCCCACUUCCAAGUCAGUCAUGCCUUGAUCGACGCAACCUCGCUGCAGAUUCUCCUCCGAGACUGGAAUCGCGCGUACGCCAGCGACGUUGGCGCGUUUGUCGGCCCGUCCUAUUCCAGCUACAUCGCCCACAUCCAACAGACCAAGCUGGAAACAUCGCUACGCUUCUGGAUGGGCCAGCUCGAAGGCGCCGGCGCCAGUCGACUGCCCCGGCUGACUGACGGCGUCGUCCCGGCAGACCCCCGGAGCCUGAAGCGGCUCGACGUCGACAUCCCGUUCGGGGCCCGUCUCCGGGCCCUCGCAAAGCGGCUCAACAUCUCGGUGGCCAACAUCUUCCAGCUCGCCUGGGCGCUGGUGCUCCGCUCUUACACCAAUUCCCAGGACGUCUGCUUCGGCUACAUCACCUCGGGCAGAGACGUGGAGCUCGACGGCGUCCAGGACGUGCUUGGCCCGUUUAUCAACAUGCUCAUCUCCCGCGUCGUCUUCGACGAAGGCAAGACGGCCACGUCCAUGCUGCAGAAACUGUUCGGCACAUACCUCGACAGUCUGCCACAUCAGCACGCGUCCCUGGCUGACAUCAAGCAUGCCCUGCAACAGGUUGGCGAGCAGCUUUUCAAUACAGUACUCUCGUUCCAGAAGGUGUCCGCUUCGGGCGGCGCAGGCCAGGCACAGGAGUCUCCAAUUUCCUUCCGCUCUAUUCGAGGCGCUGAUCCCACAGAGUAUGAUAUCACAGUCAAUGUCAUCGAAUCCGACACCACCAUUGACCUGUCGUUUGUCUACUGGACCUCGUCUCUGUCCGAAUCCCAGGCCAACAACCUCUCUUUGUGCCUGCUUCAAUCCCUCAAGGCCAUCGAAGCCACCCCAGACCAAGCCAUUGGCGGUCUCGACCUCUUGCCUGCGGAACAUGUCGCCCAGAUCACGAGCUGGGGCGACCGCCUGCCCAGCCUUGUUGACAGACGUAUUCACGACCUGUUCGGCGACAUGUGCCGCGCUGAUCCCACGGCACCCGCCGUACGUGCGUGGGACAAGGACUUCACCUACGCGGAGCUCGACGACGCUUCUUCACGCCUGGCUGGCCUCCUCCUCCAGCAAGGGCUCCAGCCUGAUACCUUUGUCGCCCUGUGCUUCGAGAAGACUGCUUGGGUCGUUGUGGCCUCCCUCGCCGUACUCAAGGCGGGCGCCGCGUUGCUCCUCUUGGACCCUGAAGCGCCGCAGGAGCGGAUGCGAAACAUGAUGCGUCAGGCCAGCGCGUCCCUAGUUCUCUGCUCUCCGGCUUGUAGGAACACAGUGGAAGAUUGGGACAUGAGCCGCAUCGUCGUCAGCGGCGAGUUCUUGUCCGCUUUGCCCUCCUUUACAGGCCCUUUCCCCGACAUCGCCAGCUCCAGUGCCGCAUACAUCAUCUUCACGUCGGGCACGACCGGCACGCCAAAGGGUGCGGUGAUGGAACACGGCUCGUACUGCACCAGCGCCAUGGGACAGGCAGCCUCCAUGUCCAUCGGGCCAGAGUCCCGCUGUUUGCAGUUCGCGUCCUUCAUCUUUGACGCCAGCAUGAUCGAGAUGAUCACGCCCCUGCUCGUGGGCGGCUGUGUCUGCAUGCCACGCAGACAGGACAUGGUCAGCGACCUGCCGCGGGUUAUGAGGGACAUGGACAUCAACUGGGCCAUCCUGACGUCGUCUUUCCUGCGUACCAUGAGCCCCGACACGGUGCCUUCUCUCAAGACGCUGUUCCAGGGCGGCGAGCCCAUGUCUCAGAAGGACAUCGACAUCUGGGCCGACAGAGUCUCCUUGGGCAACGCAUACGGACCCAGUGAAUGCAGCGUCGUGGCCGCCGCCCAUCCGCGCGUAAACAAGGCCACCGAGCCAUCCAACAUUGGCUAUCCCUCCGGAUGCACUCACUGGGUCACCGAGCCGGCCGACAUGCACCGUCUGGUCCCCAUCGGAUGCAUUGGCGAGCUCCUUCUGGAGGGCGCAACACUGUCGCGCGGCUAUAUCAACAACCCUUCCAAGACAGCCGAGGCGUUCGUCUCCGGUCUGACCUGGGCACCGCGCAUGAGACGCACUCUACAGACGCGCUUCUAUGCCACAGGCGACCUGGUGCGCCUCAACUCGGACGGCUCCGUGACCUUUGUAGGCCGCAAGGACAACCAAAUCAAGAUCCACGGUCAACGUAUGGAGCUGGGCGAGAUUCAGCAUCACCUGUCGGCCGUCACUGAGAUCCGGCACUCCAUGGUCCUGAGUCCGUCGGAGGGCCCGUUGCGCAAGCGCCUGGUGGCUGUUCUCGAGCUCAAAGAGUACUCUGGUUCUUCCUCCUCGGCCAACACCCCUGACGAGCUUCGUCUCAUCGAUCCUUCUCUACGUCCCCAAGCGGCGGAGAGCGUUCGCCGGAUCCGCGAAACGCUCAGCCGCCAUCUCCCCGCAUACAUGGUUCCAUCCACUUGGGUUGUUGUCCAAGGCAUCCCGACUAUGAUAUCCGGAAAACUGCACCGGCCCGCGGUCCAGGCCUGGGUCGAGAGGGUCGAUAACGACACCUAUCGGGAGAUGCAAGCGGCAGGCGACGUAGCGAGCAAGCUGGACCCCAGCGAGACUGUUGCCCUGCAAAUCAGCCAGAAAUUGAGCGGGCUUCUCAGCAAUACCUCCGUCGCCGAUGCCACGGGAGACAUAGUCGGCAAGGACGUGGUGCCGAUGCAGUGUGGCCUGGACUCCAUCUCGGCCAUUCUACUGUCCACCUGGAUUCGCAAGACGUUUGACGUGAAUGUUCCCUUGUCAACCUUUCUGUCGUCUGAGACCAGCGUCCGGAAGCUGGCCAUCCUCAUCGGGGAGAAGGCUGCUCCGAGCUCAGAGAGGCCCGUCCAGCCAGGAAAUCCGGCGGCGGCGCAAGUAGCAGUACCCCUCAAAGGAGACGUUGACCUGCGAUCCGAGUUCCAAACGCUAGACCGGAGACUAUCUGAGCUGCCCAUGGCAGAGACAGAGACAGAGACAGAGACAAACAGCUCCACGGCGUCCCAAACCCCAUCUUCUUUCCUUGUGACGGGCGCCAGCGGCUUCCUCGGCAGCCAGAUCGUCAAGCAACUCCUCCAACGGCCGGAAGUAUCCCGGGUCAUUUGCCUUGUCCGCGCCGAGAGCGACAGCCAGGCAAAGAAGCGCAUGAUUGACGCCUGCAACAAGGGCCAGUGGUGGCAGCCCGAGUUCGACACCCGCCUCGAAGCUUGGAGCGGCGACCUGGCCAAGCCGCAUCUGGGACUCGACGAUGCCCGGUGGGCUCGCAUCACCGGCGGUGAAGUCGACGCAAUCAUCCACAACGGCGCCGUCGUCCACUGGCACGUCGGCUACCGUGAUAUCAGCGACGUCAACGUGGGCAGCACCGUGGACCUGCUCUCAGCGCUUUCAGCCGCCCCAGUGCCUCCGCGCCUCGCCUUCGUCACCGGCGGCUACUUGGCCGGUGUACACGAGUCUGACGAUGAUAUCCUAGACCUUCUCUCUGACGCCGACGCCGACGGCUACUCUCAAACCAAGUUCGUGGCGGAGCUGCUCGUCCGCCGCCACGGGGAGCGGCUGCGGCGUGCUCGUCCCGGAUCGCCGGCCCCCGUCGUCAUCAAGCCGGGCCUCAUCAUCGGCGACGUCGAGCACGGCGUCUCCAACCUCGACGACUUCCUGUGGCGUGUGGUGGCCUCGGCCGUCCGCAUCGGCGGGUUCAACGUCCAGGAAGCCGACGAUCCUGACGCGUGGCUUAUUGUCGCCGGCAGCGACCAGAUUGCCUCUGCUACUGUCGACGCCUGCCUACUGCCAGCCUCUACCGCCGCCGCCGGACCGUCGUCUGUCCGCUUCGUGGAUGGUGUCAGCGUGAAAGCCCUCUGGAGGCUUCUGAUCGACGAGUUCGGCUUUCCCCUCCGUCCCAUGGCCCGCCAGGAAUGGCUCCGGCGCCUCGAGGAGGACAUGGACAACGAGGGGCCCAGUCACCCUCUCUUCCCGGUAUUCGGCUUCCUCCAGCAGAAGCAAGGCUCCAUUGGAAUGCCGCGGAUGACGGACGGGGAGCCCGUGUUUUCUCAGGAGGAAACGUUGCUUCGCCUGAGACGGAGUAUCAGGUAUCUCAAGGACAUCGGCUUGUUUGCAGCUUCUGACGGACGCGGCCCCAACGCCACCCCGGCCUUCCACUCUGUCUUCCGCCGGCUCGGUCUCAAGUCGGCAAAGACAGCCUUCUUUUAGAUUCCCAAAGUAACUACAGAAUGGGAUUAACCGUGCGUGUGUGUAGUGUUGAUUUCGGUACAAGUCAGAGAGUUGUGUUAGACCACAUGCGUUUGCAUCAAUCGUUG